UAGGACGCGCUCUCCACUUGCUGCUCGCUCUCUCCACGCGAUUUCUCUGGCGAAGGCGUAGAAGCGCGCCAAAAAAGCGCGCGCAAAAACAAAAAGCCAACUAACGGGACAAAAGUCGCGCGCGACUCCAACACAACACCGAUACACCGAAAUUGCAAGCGAUUAGCUAUUACCGAUAAACGAUAUCCGACAUCUGAGGAACAAUAAUCAAGAAUCGAUCAGCAGGCCGAGCAAUCCGCUUAAAAUGCUGAAAAUGCGGCUGCAGUUGAGCAGUCAAGAUGGGAAUUUACCACCCCGACAUCGGCAGCAACAACAAAAACAACAGCGGCUGACUUAUCAUCAUCGGGAGCAACAGCAAAAGCAAAAACAAGUGCUUCAAGGACGUUCGCCGGCAUUGCUGCCAGUGAUGCUGCUCCUCCUGAUGGCCACGCUCCUCACGCGUCCACUCAGCGCAUUCUCCAACCGACUGUCGGACACGAAGCUGCACGAGAUCUAUCUGGACGACAAGGAGAUCAAGCUCAGCUGGAUGGUCGACUGGUACAAGCAGGAGGUGCUGUUCCACCUGCAGAACGCGUUCAACGAGCAGCACCGCUGGUUCUAUCUGGGCUUCUCGAAGCGCGGCGGCCUGGCGGAUGCGGAUAUUUGCUUCUUCGAGAACCAGAACGGCUUCUUCAACGCGGUGACCGACACGUACACCAGUCCGGAUGGACGGUGGGUGAGGCGGGACUAUCAGCAGGACUGCGAGGUCUUCAAGAUGGACGAGUUUACGCUGGCCUUCCGGCGCAAGUUCGACACCUGCGAUCCUUUGGAUCUGCGACUUCAUGAGGGCACCAUGUACGUGGUCUGGGCCCGUGGCGAAACGGAGCUGGCUCUGGAGGAUCACCAGUUCGCCCUGCCCAAUGUGACGGCUCCGCACGAGGCGGGCGUCAAGAUGCUGCAGUUGCUCCGCGCCGACAAGAUACUCAUUCCCGAAACCGAACUGGACCAUAUGGAGAUCACGCUGCUGGAGGCGCCCAUUCCCAGCCAGGAGACCACCUACUGGUGCCACGUCCAGCGACUGGAGGGCGAUCUGCGGCGGCGCCACCACAUCGUCCAGUUCGAGCCGCUCAUCCGGACGCCGGGUAUCGUCCACCACAUGGAGGUCUUCCACUGCGAGGCCCCCGAGCACGAAGAGAUCCCCCUGUACAACGGCGACUGCGAGCAGAUGCCGCCGCGGGCCAAGGUCUGCUCCAAGGUCAUGGUGCUGUGGGCCAUGGGCGCCGGCACCUUCACCUAUCCCCCGGAGGCCGGCCUGCCCAUCGGAGGAGCCGGCUUCAAUCCCUACGUCCGGCUGGAGGUUCACUUUAAUAAUCCCGAGAAGCAGGCGGGUCUGGUGGACAACUCGGGCUUCCGCAUCAAGCUGUCGAAGAAGCUGCGUCAGUACGAUGCCGCCGUCAUGGAACUGGGACUGGAGUACACCGACAAGAUGGCCAUUCCUCCUGGCCAGACCGCCUUCCCGCUGAGCGGCUACUGCGUGGCGGACUGCACGCGGGCCGCCCUCCCGGCGACGGGCAUCAUCAUCUUUGGCUCCCAGCUGCACACUCACCUGCGCGGCGUGCGCGUCCUCACCCGGCACUUCCGCGGCGAACAGGAACUGCGGGAGGUGAACCGCGACGAUUUCUACUCGAACCACUUCCAGGAGAUGCGCACCCUGCACUACAAGCCACGCGUCCUGCCGGGCGACGCCUUGGUGACCACUUGCUACUACAACACGAAGGAGGACAAGACCGCCGCUUUGGGGGGAUUCUCCAUCAGCGACGAGAUGUGCGUGAACUACAUCCACUACUAUCCGGCCACCAAACUGGAGGUCUGCAAGAGCUCCGUUUCCGAGGAGACGCUCGAGAACUACUUUAUCUACAUGAAGCGCACGGAGCACCAGCACGGCGUCCAUCUGAACGGAGCCAGGUCGUCCAACUACCGGAGCAUCGAGUGGAGUCAGCCGCGCGUCGACCAGCUGUACACCAUGUACAUGCAGGAGCCGCUGAGCAUGCAGUGCAACAGGUCGGACGGCAGCCGCUUCGAGGGGCGUGCCAGCUGGGAGGGCGUGGCGGCGACGCCCGUGCAAAUCCGCAUACCCAUACACCGCAAACUGUGCCCCAACUACAAUCCGCUGUGGCUGAAGCCGCUGGAGAAGGGCGAGUGCGAUUUGCUCGGCGAGUGCAUCUAUUAGGCAUUAUGCAUUAGGCAUUAGGCGGAGGGCGUAAUCGCCGUGGCCUGGCAAGGGGGCGUGGCAUGACACAGGCACAAGCACAACACACACACAUAGUACACGGCACACGCACACACCUGCAAACGAAAUGGAUUAUACGGGGAUUUUGAUUUCAACAGUCGUACUUC